AAGAAUGUUUUAAGAAUAUAUUUUUCUUUAAAUAUUGGCGUUUCUAAUUUAAGCAUAUAUAUAUAUAUAUGAAUCAGUUAAGCUUUGCAUCUUACAACCACUCAAAUAAAUAAUUGAGAAACUCCAAAUACAAUAUCCAUUAGACAUAACCAAAACCAUGAAAUCAUCACAUACGUUUCUCAUUUGCGUACUCAUGCUCUCUCUCUUUGCACUAUAUGAAUGUACAAGGAUGGAUGUUAGAGAGAUUGAAAGGUCGAAAAACAAAAUCUGGGUACCGCCAUGUGUCCAUUCAAGUUGCAAGCAUGCUAUUAAAAAAGACUGCUAUUGCUGCCCAUCAGCAAAAGAUGAUUGUUGGGAAGACCAAUUCUAUUGUAACACCCAUUGUCCUCCUCACUUUACAAACCCUUAACAAACUGAGUUACUACCAGGCAUAACCUUCAUUGUACAACCUCUUAUUAUAUUACUAUUUACUUUCAUCAGAAUAAGAACACGAUCUGCAUCCUAUUUA